GUUUUCCUAAAACUGUUUUAUUCAUCUGAAACUUAACUUGUAAAUAAAAACAAAAAGAUGUGGCUGGAAAGAAUAAUUUCAACAUACAUAACGGUUUGCAUUGUUGCACUUCAAAUAUCUUUUUCAAAGCAUAUAGAUCAACGUUCUUCGCAAACUACUAAUUUUGAUUUUUCAACUAUUAAACCUAUUGAUCAAUUGGAAUAUUUAAAUGGAGCAGAAUUUCAUCAUAAAACUCAGCUUUUUGAAUCACCAUCAGCUCAAACUAUAAUUGAUAAAAUACUUGUAUCUAAUCGCCAAGGACGGAAUCUUGAAGGUUACGAUGAAGUGUAUGCUGAUCCUGAAGUGAAAAAUGCUUUACAAUUUGGAAAUGAUACGCUUGCUCGAUCAUAUAUACGCAAUAAACUUUGUCUUUUAGGUUUGAUGAAUUGCGCUGAAUUAGAAGAAAGGCAUCCAUUUUAUUCUUCACAUCGUGAUAUACAUCCACAAGAUGUAAUAUAUGCACAACCAGUUACGAUUAAACCAGUUGGAAGGCCUUUGCCAGCUAUUCCAGUUAAAAAAUCUGUUGAUGUUCAUAGUACUGAAACUCUUGAUAUCGAAUCUGGAAAAAUUUAUUCGGGAUCCUUUCCUCCAUUAUUAAGUUCUAGUUAUCUUAAUAAUCCGCCAUUUAAUGAUGAAGUUCCAACAAGUUUCUUAAGACCUCAUCCUGGUAAUAAAUUGCCUAGCACAAGUCAUUCUUUUAAACCAGUUUAUGAAUCUGGAUUUCAAAGCGGCAUAAGUUAUGAUGAUAAGUUUUCUGAGGAGAAACCAGAUAGUACAAACGUUCAACAGCAUGUUCAUCAUCAUUACCAUCACAACGAAGGUAGCAUUAAUGCAAAGCCUGUAAUUGGAUCUAGACCUAUUGUUAACAAUGCUUUUCAUAAUUAUGGUUAUGGAAAUGGUGGAAAUCCAUUAAGUGAUUUUGAAUACAAAAAAAAUUAUAAAAUCCAAACUUCUUUAGAAAAUAAUGUACCCGAUACAUCUAGCAUAUCUUCCAGUAAUAACUAUGCUAAUCGAUAUAUUUCGUACGAAAAACCUAUAAGAGAUUCAGAUUUUAGUGAAUCUCACAAUGAGAAAGGCUUAAAGACUACUCAACAACUAAAUUUAGGACCAUAUAGUAGCUUCAGAAUUAAUAAUUUUGGUCAGAAUAAUUAUAGACCUAGUAAUCAAUUUGAAACAAAUAUUGGAUUCAGCUCUAGUAAUCAUUUUAUAACAAAUAAUAAGUUUACACAAAGUAAUGAUAGAUUAUUAACAACGGACUUUGUUGAUUGUGUUUGCGUUCAAUAUAAUCGAUGUGCAACUCUUGAUCAAGCAGGACGUAAGGAUGAUAAUUAUUUAGCAAUUGAUCCUCGUAAUAUUGGCAAAAAUAUUGAAGCUGAUACUGAUCAAUUAAUGAAACCGACAAGUUUUUUCACCGAAAUAAUGUAA